AUUCAUUCAUUGUGCGCUGCUCGUGCAGUGAGGACGUUGUCUGCUCUAACAACAAUUCAAGAAGUGUUGUUUAUUAUUUGUAGUUGAAUAUUAAGUGAUCGACAGUGUAGUUUUUAAUAUCGAAACCAAUUCAGUGUUUGAGCACAGAUCACGCACUUUGAAUUCAUUUGGAUUUGCGUACUGCAUCAGUGGCUAAUUGAAGAUCAGCGAAACGCACCAAAAUGGCAAAUGCAGCGCAUCAAUCAAUUGCUUUAGUAUUCCUAGCCCUAAUUGGCCUGGGCCUAUGGCAGACAUCCGUCGAAGCAUCAGUCACCAAUGAAGACUUGAGCGGAACACUUAAAUCGCUGAUCUACUCGUACAAUCAGCUGGACAACAAGCUGGAGCGGCACGAGCAUCGGGAACGUGCCCUGGGCGAACUAAUGAAGAAGGCGAUGCAGGCCUUGCAGAAGGGCCAGAAGAGUUUAGAGCCCAUAAAUGGCAUAUUUGGACGACUGGACGAACGUGUCAGUCAGAUCGAGACAAUGCUGAUCACACAAGAGGAGAAAUAUAAUGCACAGACGGACAAGAUCAAUCAGGCCAUGGAUCAUAUGUUCAAAUGGAUGCGUGAGAAUGACGAGUGUUUCAAGCAGCCCAAGGCUAUAGCAGCACCAGCUCCCACUCCAGCUCCCGCCCCCGCACUGCCCAAUGCCUUUGUCCAGGAGCAGCAGCAGAUCAACAAACAGCUGCUGGACGAGCUCAAGCAGCUAUCGACGAGUGUCGCCAAGCUGCUCGAUAGCAAUAAGCAGUCCGCCCAACAGACCCAGGAGAGCUUCGAGCGCAUGCCCAAAGCUGAUAUGCUAUUGACCCAAAUCGAGAAAAAGCUGCAGGAGCACAGUGAUGCUGCCGCUGCUGCCUCCGCCGCCGCUGCUGCUGCUGCGGCUGCUGCUGCUGCUGCCGUCACUACAACAGUUGCUCCGCCCAAGAACGAUGAGUUCGAGCUGCAGCUAAUGGAACGUCUCGGCGCGUUGAGCACCGAUGUGGCACAGCUGCGUAAUGCCCCACCAACGGCUCCACCAGAACCACUCGGUCUGAAUGAGAAGGACAGAGCCUAUAUCCAGGAACUCAAUAACGAAACACUCAACGCACUGGCCGCACUCAAGACCGAAUCCUUGUCGGCCCAGGAAACAGCAUUGCGCCAGACGACAGAGCAUCUGCAGCAGACGGAAGCGAACGUCCAGGCUGAUCUGAAGCUGUUGUCGGUAGAUAUCAAUUUGCUCAACCAGCUCUACAAUGAGAUCAAUGCCAGCCACAGCAAACUGAAUGACGGCUUCGAUGCGCUGGGCACAUUCAAUGGCAUCAUGAUGAACAACUCGGAAGCGGUGCAGGAUACGCAGCGCAAGGUGGAGUUUGGCACGCUGCAGAUUGUGCAGAAAGUGAGUCAGCUGCUGGAGCAGCAGGUGGCUGAGCUGACGGGCUUAGUGAAGACACGCUUCAACGAACUGGGCGAUUUGGUGGUGACCACCCAGCAGGAGGACAAUCGCAACAUUAGCGGUUUGCUGGACACGGCCUUGGAGCAGGUGUGGCAUCGCAUCGAUAUAAUGGCCAGCGAGAUUCGUGAGAGUCGGGAAAUGCUCGGUCUGAUGGAGGCCGGACAAGUUGGCUAUGUGAACAGCACGUUCAGCGCCAUGCUCAGUUUGACCAACAAAGUGGAGGAAACCAAGAAGUACAUGAUGGACAUGGACGGUAAUUUGAACUUCCUGCUGGGCAGGCUGUCGCUGAUGUCCAGUGAAUUUGCCAACAUUAAAAAGGGUCUCGCCGACUCACUAAAUGAUUUACGCAACUCCUUUCAAAUGAUACACGAGCGCAUGCCGAGCUCCGGUCCCAAUAAUAAUAAUAUCGAGAAAAAUAAGUAUCUGACCGAUGUGAAUCUGUUGUCCAAGCGACACACCCAGCCCGAGCGGGAAUAGAGCACACAGCUGCCGCAUAUAUACAGAAAUGCAAAAUACACACAGAUAUACAACCAAAAAAAAAAAAUAAUAACUAAUACUAGAGCUUAAGCAAACGAACUUACAGUUAAAACCAUCAAAUAUUUAUGCAAAACACAAUUUGACAUGAUUCAUUUGUAAAUCUCGGCAAAUACAUUUCGUUUUUGAAUAACAAA